AAUUGUCUCAAAUAGUUUAUAUUAAAAGUUGUCAAAAACUUAUUAACUUAUAAUUAUUAUAACUAUUAACUUUGUUAACUAAAUUAACAUUAAUAUGAAGCUGAUAUUAUUUUUAUUGUUUGCGAGUUUGUCGGCAAAUGCUUUCAAUGUUGAUCCCAUAUAUAACGGCACCACAUGGGUUGUGUUGGUAGCAGGGUCAAAUGGCUGGUAUAACUAUAGACAUCAGGCAGACAUAUAUCAUGCCUAUCAAGUGGUCAGAAAUCACGGCAUUCCUGAGAAAAAUAUAAUUGUCUUCCAUUACGACGAUUUGGCCCAUAAUUCCCAGAACCCAACCCCGGGUCAAGUGAUCAAUAAGCCGGGUGGUACUGACGUAUACCAUGGAGUGGCUAAAGAUUUUGUCGGCGCUGAUGUCACGCCAAAGAACUUCUUAGGAGUUCUCAGAGGAGACCAAGAGUUGGCUCAAAAGGGAAAGAAAGUGCUUCAGAGCGGACCCAAUGAUCACGUCUUCGUAUACUUUGCAGAUCACGGCUCCACUGACUUGAUUGCGUUUCCGAGCGAAUACUUAUACGGAGAGGACUUAAACAAAGCCCUGCAAUAUAUGUACGACAAUCACAAGUAUUCAAAACUAGUCUUUUAUUUGGAGGCAUGCGAAUCAGGCUCAAUGUUUAAUAAAUUAUUACCGAAAAACAUAAACAUUUUCGCCACAACUGCAUCGAAUCCCACGGAAUCGAGUUAUGCCUGUUAUUAUGACUCCAAGAGACAGACAUAUCUGGGAGACGUCUAUAGUGUGAAAUGGAUUGAAAACAGUGACCGAAGAAGUUAUGGAAAUGAGACACUUUCUGAACAGUUCACGAUUGUUAAGAAGGAGACGAAUACUUCUCAUGUCCAGGAAUACGGGGACCUAUCCAUUGGCAACCUUCCUCUCACUCAGUUCCAGGGACCCAAGAAUUCAUUCCAUCAGUUGAUUGGUGGGGAUGAGGUGACACCGGCUGUCUUUACAACCGUUGACAGUGGAGAUGUGCCCAUACAUGUCCUCAAAAAUAGGAUCCAGGCCACCACUGAUCCCGAGGAUAAAAAGCUUCUAACCACACAAUUACAACAACUCAUUGAUGGCCGAGAGUUUCUUAACAACCAUUUCACUCAAUAUCUGAAUAGUAUUCAACAUUUAAUUGGUAAACAAAUUGAUGUAAUGGUCAACAAAAAGCAAGAGCUCAGUAACAGACAGUGUUAUCGGAAACUAGUGGACGCUUUCCAUCAAAAUUGUCUUAAUCUAAACAAAAAUCCAUUUGUUUUACGCAAACUUCACAUCUUAGUGAAUGUGUGCGAAGAAGUGAGUCGUGGAGCAGAUGUGGACAUCAAAGUAAAGGAUGCUUUCGACCAUCUGUUGACUUAUUGUCACAAUAAUCUUCAAACAGGUUAUCCCCAACCCAUUGAAUAAAUUCAAAACUGUUAUACAAUUAUAUAAUA